CGCCAAUUUUACAAUCAAACUGGCUGUCAGAGUCUGAAUCCUCAUUGGAGAAUCAGUCUCCUUUAAAAGCUUCAAUAGCAGUGGAACACACUCGAGCCAGAGUUGGAUCGUUGCUUGCAAUUGGUGGAAGAUGUCAAGACAAUUACAGUAAAAACUGGGUCCGAGCUUCCAACAAACCGUUCUCGCCUGAUAGGGAAACGACAGCUAAGUCGCUGAGCUGACUCCUAAAUUGGGGUGACAGGGACCCGAUUUCAAAUGAAAGAUAAGCUUUUUUUCUCUGUUUAUUUAUUAACAGUUAGCUUCGGUUAAUUAAUUCACUAGCUUGUGGGUUUUUAUUUUCAGUACUUUGGUUAAUUAAUAUUUCCUGAUUGAUUGUCAAUGAAGUUUUCGAAUUUUUUUCGUUUGUUUCGUCAUCUCUGUUGCAGAAGGAUCCUUCACUGGAAUCUUUUCCAUUUUUUAAACAUGGCCUGUCAAAUCAAAGGAAUUAAAAGCAAGACUAAAAAAAGCAGAGGGGGUGAUGUGAGAAGGUAAGGUCUUUUUGAGGUUCUCUAUACUCCUAAGCAAUUCUAGAAAAACUGUUAAGGGGACUUUCCACAUACAUGUCAUCUUCUAAAAUAAACAGCCUGAGCUGCCAAGGAAUUGGUUCUGGGUCACCAUUUCUGAUUCUUUUCAUUCAUAUUGUUUUGUGUCUAUGUUCAUGUUUUGUAUGUGUCGAAGGUUUCGACUCUCUCUUACAGCUCCCACAAUCUUUGUCGGAAACUUCCCGACCCAGAUCCAAGAGAGUCUUCUUUGUCACUGAUUUUGGUGCUAGAGGUGAUGGUAUUAGUAAUGAUACUCAGGCUUUCGGGGAUGCUUGGAAGAAGGCUUGUUCUUUCCCAGCAAGAACCAGAAUUGUAAUUCCAGCUGGAGUAACUUUGCUGGUCCAUCCUGUUGAUUUGGCUGGGCCGUGUAAAUCAAGAAUCACCCUUAAUAUCUCUGGUACUGUUGUUGCUCCCAAAGAUCCUGCUUAUUGGAAAGGUCUGAAUCCUCGUAAAUGGCUAUACUUCCAUGGAGUAAACCACCUUACAAUAGAUGGUGGAGGAACUGUCAAUGGCAUGGGACGGAGAUGGUGGGCGCGAUCUUGCAAGAUCAACCCGGAAAAUCCAUGUCGACAUGCUCCAACGGCCAUGACUUUCCACAAGUGUAAGGAUUUGAGAGUGAGGAACAUUCGAAUUGUCUAUGGUCAGCAAAUGCACAUUGCAUUCACUAAUUGUAUCCGAGUUAUGGUGUUUGGUGUUUUAGUGACUUCACCUGCUUUUAGCCCCAACACCGAUGGAAUUCACAUCAGUGCAUCCCGUCGCGUAGAGGUCAGGGACAGCAUAGUCCAGACAGGAGAUGACUGCAUCUCUAUAGUCAGCAACUCUUCACGGAUCAGAAUCAAGAACUUUGCUUGUGGUCCAGGGCAUGGCAUAAGCAUUGGAAGCUUGGGAAAAUAUCACUCGUCAUCAAAGGUGCAUGAUAUACUGGUAGAUGGGGCAUUUCUGUCCAACACUGAUAAUGGGCUUCGUAUCAAAACAUGGCAGGGAGGCAGUGGUGAGGCCAGUCGGAUCAAGUUCCAGAAUGUUUUAAUGGAAAAUGUGUCAAACCCAAUUAUAAUAGAUCAAUAUUAUUGUGAUUCACGACUUCCAUGUGCAAACCAGACUUCAGCUGUUAAAGUGGCGAACAUAUCCUAUAUACACAUCAAAGGAACUUCAGCAACAGAGCAUGCUAUCGUACUUGCAUGCAGUGAUUACUCGCCGUGCACAGGGUUAUAUUUAGAAGAUAUUCAACUUGUAUUAAACACUGAAGAAAUCUCAAAUUCUUUUUGCUGGGAAGCCUAUGGCUCAAGCGUGGGUCUAGUCACUCCCCCGCCUUGCUUAUCAUGCAACGAUAGCUUCAUUAAGCAGAAAGUCCCAUCUGACUCCCUACAGUUUCUCUGAAGGACCCACUCUACCCAGAAUAAUGUUAUUAUUAGUCCAAGAAUCUUAUUGGAGCCGAUUCUUUGUCAAAAAGACAUUUGGGAAAUUUGUGGAUGCCUUGUUAUCAUAGAGAGAGCAUCAUAUAGAGAGUUGUCUGUAAAUAGUGGAGACUUCAAAGACUUGGACUUGAUCAUGAAAAAGCAGCAGGUUUAAACUAAUUUGAGUAACUUUUGCUUCUUGCA